UUGUUCUGAGAACAUGCAUGCCGAGGGGUGGUUCAGCCCUCCAAAGAUCAAUCCGGAAGCUACUACCAGAUCAGCACUAUGCGUGGAUACACCUUAUUAGACCCCCCGUGUGUCUCCAGGGAGGAGAGCCGGCAUGGCUGGGGGAGCAGAGCAUAUUGUGUGUGUGAGGCAGCUGUGACGUACAGAGAGCACGGGUGUUAUUGGAAGAAUGUUUCUUGGAGGUCGUUCCUGGCUUCAUCCCACAGAACACUUAGAGCAGAAGACUGGAGUCCAGGCUGCUCUUCUCCAGCCUUGCCCCCGCUGAGAUCUCAUCGGACAGACAAAGCAACCAGCCAGCUUCUGCUGGAGACCGACUGGGAGUCCAUCCUGCAGAUCUGUGACCUCAUCCGUCAGGGGGACACACAAGCCAAAUAUGCCGUGAGUGCCAUCAAAAAGAAAGUCAACGACAAGAAUCCUCACGUGGCAUUGUACGCCCUGGAGGUCAUGGAGUCUGUGGUGAAGAACUGCGGCCAGACUGUCCACGAUGAGGUGGCCAACAAGCAGACCAUGGAGGAGCUGAAGGAGCUGCUGAAGAGGCAGGUGGAAGUAAACGUCCGAAACAAGAUUCUGUAUCUGAUCCAGGCCUGGGCUCACGCCUUCCGGAACGAGCCCAAGUACAAGGUGGUCCAGGACACGUACCAGAUCAUGAAGGUGGAAGGACACGUCUUCCCGGAGUUCAAGGAGAGUGAUGCCAUGUUUGCCGCAGAGAGAGCCCCCGACUGGGUGGAUGCUGAGGAGUGCCACCGCUGCAGAGUGCAGUUUGGGGUGGUGACACGCAAGCACCACUGCCGGGCGUGUGGUCAGAUUUUCUGCGGCAAGUGCUCCUCCAAGUACUCCACCAUCCCCAAGUUUGGCAUCGAGAAGGAGGUGCGCGUGUGCGAGCCCUGCUAUGAGCAGCUGAACAAGAAAGCAGAAGGAAAGGCGUCGUCCACAACGGAGCUGCCCCCGGAGUACCUGACCAGCCCCCUGUCACAGCAAUCCCAGUUGCCCCCCAAGCGGGAUGAGACGGCCCUGCAGGAGGAGGAGGACCUGCAGCUGGCCCUGGCUCUGUCACAGUCAGAAGCCGAGGAGAAGGAGAGGAUGAGACAGAAGUCAGCGUAUGCUGCUGCCACGUACCCCAAGGCAGAGCCCGCGCCCGUGGCCUCGUCGGCGCCCCCGGCCGGCAGCCUGUACUCCUCGCCUGUGACUUCGUCGGCGCCGCUGGCAGAGGACAUCGACCCCGAGCUCGCCCGGUACCUCAACCGGAACUAUUGGGAGAAAAAGCAGGAGGAGGCCCGCAAGAGCCCUACCCCGUCCGCACCCGCGCCCCUGACGGAGCCGGCCGCCCCGCCCGUGGAGGGGCAUGCAGUCCCCGCCAACGCGCUGGAGUCUCCCCUCCCGGAGACAGACUCUCAGCCCAUAGCUCCCUCCGGCGGCCCCUUCGGCGAGCAGUACCAGAACGGGGAGUCGGAGGAGAACCACGCGCAGUUCCUGAAGGCCCUGCAGAAUGCCGUCACCACCUUCGUCAACCGCAUGAAGAGCAACCACGUGCGGGGCCGCAGUAUCACCAAUGACUCGGCAGUGCUGUCCCUCUUCCAGUCCAUCAACAGCAUGCACCCCCAGCUGCUGGAACUGCUCAACCAACUGGACGAGCGCAGGCUAUACUACGAGGGGCUGCAGGACAAGUUGGCGCAGAUCCGCGAUGCCCGGGGGGCGCUCAGCGCCCUGCGGGAGGAGCACCGGGAGAAGCUUCGCCGGGCAGCUGAGGAAGCCGAGCGCCAGCGCCAGAUCCAGCUGGCCCAGAAGCUGGAGAUCAUGCGGCAGAAAAAGCAGGAGUACCUGGAGGUGCAGCGGCAGCUGGCCAUCCAGCGCCUGCAGGAGCAGGAGAAAGAGCGGCAGCUGCGCCUGGAGCAGCAGAAGCAGACCAUCCAGAUGCGCGCCCAGAUGCCCGCCUUCUCCCUGCCCUAUGCCCAGCUCCAGGCCAUGCCCGCGGCCGGGGGCGUGCUGUACCAGCCCUCAGGCCCAACAAGCUUCCCGGGCACCUUCAGCCCCGCAGGCUCAGUGGAGGGCUCCCCCAUGCACACGGUGUACAUGAGCCAGCCGGCCCCCGCCACCAGCAGCCCCUACCCCAGCAUGCCUGGGGCCGGAGCAGAUCCCAGCAUGGUGAGCGCCUACAUGUACCCAGCGGGGGCCACCGGGGCGCAGGCAGCCCCCCAAGGCCCCACCGGGCCCACCGCCAGCCCAGCCUACUCGUCCUACCAGCCUACUCCGACACAGGGUUAUCAGAACGUGGCCUCCCAGGCCCCCCAGAGCCUCCCGGCCAUGUCCCAGCCUCCACAGUCCGGCGCCAUGGGCUACAUGGGGACUCAGUCGGUGUCCAUGGGUUACCAGCCUUACAGCAUGCAGAGUCUCAUGAGCACCCUCCCCAGCCAGGACGCACCUCUGCCACCCCCCCAGCAGCCCUACAUCGCAGGGCAGCAGCCUGUGUACCAGCAGAUGGCGCCCUCCGGGGGACCCCCCCAACAGCCACCCCCCGUGGCCCAGCCGCCACCUGCACAGGGCCUUCCGGCGCAGGGCAGUGAAGCCCAGCUCAUCUCGUUUGACUGACCGCGGCCGGGAGCGCACCAGCCAGAACAACACUACGGUUCUCUGAACCACCGCCUCCGUCUCUAACUAGCGUCGUAUUCCUGCCUCGCUCUCCUCUUACAGCCAUGUAGUGUCCCUGCUGCGUGCAGGGGGUGGCCCUUCACCCUGGCCCCCGCCCUCUGUCCUCUCCCGCUGACUCCUCGUGCCCCCGGGCCACACCCUCCUCCCCAUCUCCCUGAGUUGGUCUCGGACUUCUUUCCCCAGGGCUGGGCCUCGGAGGGUGGGAGGGAGGGAUCCUCUCCGAGAGGGAGCCCUCAAGCCCCGUGUGUCAGGUCCUGUGAGGGCUGGCUGGAGCGGGGUCCCUCUUCCUGUGCAGCCUGGGCCUCCCCCCAUCUGCACCCGGGAGACCGCACGGCCUGUGGUCUGACUCGUGUGCGUGCUUCCCAGAGCCCUCUGGCGUGGCCCCCUGCGGUCAGCAUGCACUCCUGGCCCUCACGGGAGGGUGGGGGCUUGUCUCCAGCUUCUCUGCUUCUGAGCUGCCAUCUCAUCCAGUGCCCCGAGUAGACGGAGCGGAACACUGAUAAUAAAAUGUCUUUCAACAAGUA